AAUAUAAUCUGUAUGAUUUCUAAUGAUGUCAAAGAGAAGAGCAGCAUUAAAACAAAUUCUAUAAGUCUUGCAGAGAUUUUAGCUAAAUUCACUUUGAAUCGAUCAUUGUAUGUGAAUGAAUCAAGUGCGCUAUGUUAUCAAUUAUUAGAUCAACUGGAAAGUCAACUUGUUGCACAAAAAAACGAAAAAAAGUUUCAUAAAAAUAUCAUUGCAUUAGAAAAUCUAUGCUAUCCCACCUUAGGAAAUAUACAGAUUGCUGACAAUGGUUCAGCUUACAUUAGAGAAACAUCAAAAAAGUCAGUAAACAAUUUAACCGACUGGUUAACAGCUCUGUCUGAAACACUUGAACGACAUACACUCUGGGAUUCUACAAAUGAUCAAUCGAAUUUAUUCAUUACACUAAUUGACGAUUUAAAAUAUCCACAUGCUAACAGUAUACUGAAAUCCAUCGAAAUGUGGAAAAAAUCCUGUUUAUAUUUGUGUUCCCUUGAAGAACAGAAUUAUUUGUCAAGUCUAAAAGUAAACAGUCAACAGUAUUUAUCACUGAAAAAUCUACAACUACGCAGUAGUAAAGCUGAAAUGCACAAAUUACUCGGUGGACAAUUAAAACAAACAAUCAGUAUCACUGGGAAUAAAUAUAAGAAUUCAAUGUGUUCAGGGUUAGUGAGCGAUAAUUUCAGUUCAUCAAAAAAUGAAACUAAUUGUAACUCUGACAAUGAGAUGAAGCAAACACCUACUGAAAAACAGGCAUUCAUACAAUGGGUGGAAAAAUGGCGUUGUGUAAAUGCAGAAUUUAUAGCUAAGCAACUGGUUAGAGAUUCUAAACCAUCACGUGAAACGGAAGGUGAUAUUUAUCAGGAUUUAGAUAAAUCCAGUGACACUCUGAACAGAUGCAUGAUAUCAUCAGUUCAGGAGAAGACAAUCCCCGGAGAUUAUGGCGUGUAUAUGGAUACAUUGAAAACAAUGUAUAGAACGUUGGUUAGUCGACCCUUGUCUACGCUACAUCGUGGUAUUAAAGAAGUUGCCGGUCAGUUAAAAACGCAUAAAUUCAAGCACUCAGAAGGUGUUAACAGAACACUGAAAGAAAUGCGAAAUUUGUUCACAAAUCAUUGACUGUGAACUGGAAAAAGGAAGAGGAAACAUACACUGACGACUAUUCACUACGUAGUCUGAACUUGGUAGAUUUUAAAUUCAGAUAUUUAAAAAAAAUC